AUGGAAUACCGAGCAGAGAAACACGUGACUGUACAUGUCGAUUAUCUUUCAAUCAGAGCUUCUCAAAGAAAUGAUGAACCAGUAGAACUGAGGUUUAACACAUCAACCGUUUCAAGCGAUGGAACUCUAAAAUGGUUGGAGCGGGUUUUAGAUGUGAUAGAUGCUGAUUCGAUUGAACAAGUGAAUCUUUACGAAUCUCAGCGACUAGACGAUGUAUGCGAAGCUCUUACUAGAUUGAAAGAAGUCCGCACUUUAUGCAUCAGGAGUAACUGUCCCAAUAGAUUUGCAAAGAAAGCGUUAAAAAUCCUGACUCCAGUCACGUCGGAAACUGUAAUGUUCAAAAUUCCAUUCAAAAACCGAAAAGAAUUGGAAAUUUAUAUGAUGAGCAGCACAAAAUCCUUAACUAUCUUCGCUGAUCGUUUCUCAAAAUUCAAGUACAGUAUUCAAGCCUUUUUUGUGUCAAACUCACUCAGAUUGAAAUUAAAACAAUGGUCGUUGAUGGAACAUAGUAUCAACCAAUUUCUUACAAAGUGGUUGCAAAAUGAGCAUAACUCUCCGCUCGAGCAUUUGUCGAUAGAUAAUGAUGAGAAUUUCUAUAUACCGCAUGUAUUGGAAGGAUUGGACGCUGUUCCUUUUUUAGAAGAACGAUUGUUCCACUACUCAGCACAGUUAGAUAUUCCUCCGAAAACGAUUUAUGGAGGAUAUGAUAUAAGAGGAAUGAAUGGAAAGAAAGUCACAAUCAGAUCCGGUUUCUAUAGGAUCGAUUUCUACGUUUGGCCUUAA